CACAGUGGUCGUCUAACCUCUGGUUUGCGGAGCGGUCGGGUGUAUUCUGCGCUCGCCCCCACGCCCUCGAGGCCCCCGCCGCCCAACCCAACAGCGGAGCCAGCCAGUGGCUCCCGCGGCGCCCUCCCGCACCGGAUCGCUCCUCGCUGGGGCGGGACCUGGCCCGACAGCUCGGGUCACUAUGAGUGAAACAUCUUUCAAUCUAAUAUCAGAAAAAUGUGACAUUCUCUCAAUUCUCCGGGAUCAUCCUGAAAACAGGAUUUACCAGAGGAAAAUCCAGGAACUCAGCAAAAGGUUCACUGCCAUCCGCAAGACCAAGGGGGACGGGAACUGCUUCUACCGGGCCCUGGGCUACGCCUACCUGGAGUCGCUGCUGGGGAAGAGCAGAGAGAUCCUCAGGUUCAAAGAGCGUGUACUGCAGACCCCAAAUGACCUCCUGGCUGCUGGCUUUGAGGAGCACAAGUUCCGAAACUUCUUUAACGCUUUUUACAGUGUGGUGGAGCUGGUGGAGAAGGACGGCUCGGUGUCCAGCCUGCUGAAGGUGUUCAACGACCAGAGCUCCUCGGACCGAAUCGUGCAGUUCUUGCGCCUGCUCGCCUCGGCCUUCAUCAGGAACCGUGCAGACUUCUUCCGCCACUUCAUCGACGAGGAGAUGGACCUCAAAGACUUCUGCACUCACGAAGUGGAGCCCAUGGCCAUGGAGUGCGACCACAUCCAGAUCACAGCCCUGUCGCAGGCACUGAACAUCGCCCUGCAGGUGGAGUACGUGGACGAGAUGGACACGGCCCUGAACCACCACGUGUUCCCCGAGGCGGCCAUCCCUUCCGUUUACCUGCUCUAUAAAACAUCCCACUACAACAUCCUUUAUGCAGCCGAUAAACAUUGAUUAAUUUUAGGCCAUGCAGUGGAGCCUGUCACCUAACGAGACUGCAUCCUGAACGGACCAUUCCGGCUUUUCAAUUUUUUAAGCGAUUUAGACUGUAGUUAAAAAAAUGUACAGCCUUUUGGGCAAAGUCACUGGAAAUGAGGCCUACCCAUUAUGGACUGUGGUAACUUGGCGAUAUUUUUAGUAUUUAUUUUCAUGGAGGAUCAAAUGCUUUCUAACUCGGGACUAGGAAGUCAGGACCCCUGGCUCUGCUCCCCGUUCCCUGUGACCUUGGGUAGGUCACCUCUCCUCUCUGGGCCUGUUUCUUCAUCUGGAGGAGGUUCCUGCCAGUGUUGACACUCUAUUGUAUAACAGUGAGGUCCUCUGGUUUCUUUUCACAGGGGCAGUGCCUCUCUGUAGGGGAGGAAAAGCUCAAGGUCAACUGUCUUGGACUGAGCAGCGCUAUAAAACAGAAUCAAGUCCAGCCAGCUGUUGGACUGGACUCUGGGGGAUGCAGACUGAAGUGUGGGCCAGUUGAGACCCACUUGAAUGUGAGGGCUUCAGUGUGGUUCCAAAGAUUCACGAUGGGAGUGUUUUCUUACCCUUAACUUGAGGAAAAAGGCUUUUAUGCCAAAGUCUGGAAAGGGGCCUUCAGCCUUCAGCAUGAAGCUCAAGUUGUUGGGGCUCCCUCUACCUCUCUCAGGGCCAGGACUGCCUGCCUUUUGGAGGGCAGGCCCUUCAGGGUUCUGCCACCAGCCCCACCUGGACAGAGGCUCGAGAAGGACUAGGCUCUGGGACCAGGAAGCUGUCUCUUAAUCUCCAACACUUCCUGGAAGUGGAAUUUAGAUAUUCAGCCAUAGACUCCAGCUGAGCAAAGCAGACAAGUUUUGCACGGCUGUCUUCGGCUUCUUUCCCCUUCUGCUCGGUUUCUGGGCCGGCGAGAGGUUAGGUGGGAAAGAAUAGACGCAAGCCGAGGAAAUUGGCAGUGGGGGAGAUUUCCGUUGUGGAAACUGCCUGGUGGCCAAGAGCCCUGGCUGGCAGCUUUCGUGCAUCCACCUGGGCAUGCCCCUUAAUACCUUCCUCACCUUGCUGCCUCAGGACCUCGGGGCCCUGGUUGGGCCAGGGCACUGCUAGCAAGCUCUCUCCCUCUGCGGGAGGAAAUGGAGAAUGCAGGGGUGAGCAGUUGCCCUUUGGGGUACGUCCUUAAUUGAAGGCCUUCUUGUCAUCACAGUUCCAUUCUGCAGGGACUUAUUAGAAUCUGUUGGUGUUGCAACGUGAGUCUGCUGACAGCCAGACUGUGCACGGGGAGGACUGGGUGCAGAUUGCUCGAGUCCUUGUACACAAACACUGGAUUUGUAUCCCUCUUCUGCCUUUGUGAAGACAGAUGUCAGGGUGCUCUAAUUCCAGGCAGGGACCCAGGUUCCCAUACUGCCCUCAGCUGGAAUUUGGACCCAAGGGAUCAAGCUAAGUGAUUGUCACUUUUCCACAGGAAUGUCAACCUGACCCUGAUCUCUGAAUUGGUUCAGUGUCCCUGCUCAGGGUAGGAGUGCUGGGGUUGUGACAAGUGCACUGGAAGAGUGGGGGGACCGUGUUAACGUCAUUUGUGAAUAUCACGAUCUCCAUUUCCAAACUGAAGGGCGUGAACACAGCGCCGGGCUAACCAGAACAUGGGUCCUGGGCCUCCGGCAGGGCUCUCGAGCACAAUAUCAGCAGCACUGGCUGCCAUCACACUACAUUUGUGGCUUGUGUGGUGUUCACAAAAGCAGAGCUUUCUCUUGGGCAGACUGGCUGGAGAAAUUCCCUGAGACUUGCCUGUGCUGUGCGUCCAGGCCUGAGAGCCCACCCGUGCUCACAUGGGACCCUCUUCCCAGGAGAGGUCCUAUCAGUUUAGCAUCAGGAUGCCCAAGAGAGGCAAGCCAAGUUAUUUUCGUGGUCUUACCCUCUGCUUUCCCUUUUCACAAAGCCAUUGGCCAAAUCCAAACCAUCGCUCUCUUCCCUUCACACCUGCCCUCAGAUCUUGCCUGAGGGAGAGCACUGUGGAGAAAAAGGAGUGGCAGAAUCAGUGCAAUUAACUUGUUAAAAUCCAGUCAUCUGUGGAAGUCACCUUGCUUGUCUAUAGCAACUGGUGGUGCUGGCAAUCACACUUCCUGGAUAAUUCUCCCCCCCGACCCCCAGCCAUCUCUUUCUAGACCAAAAGCUGGAAGGAAAGUUGCUUUGAGAGUUUGUCUUUAUAACUGCACAUUUGUUACUUUCUUUCCAAAGGAAACUUUAUAAAUCAAUGGGAAUAUUUAGCAACGAAAAGAGCAAACUGUCGUUACUUUUGACUGGGUUGUAUUUUAAGCACCAAGGGCUCUGGAGCCACACUGCCUGGGUUUGAAUCUCAACUUUGUCACUUACUAGCUAUGUGACCUUAGCCAAGUCACUUCAUCUCUCUGAGCCCCAAUUCCCAUAUUAGUGAAAUGGAGACAGUACCUAUGCAUCACAGGAUUAUGGGUUAAAGUGGAAUGGGACUGUGUGUGUGAAAACAACUGCGAGACCUGACACACAGUGCUCAGAAAUGGGUUGCUCCCCACCCUACCCUUCCCAAUGGGGAGCAGAACACUGCCAGAUGGGGAACAUCCCACCUUGGCAGUGGCGCUGUGGCUUCCGAAACAGAAGUUUGGGAACCAUUAGACCAGUCUAAGAACCAUCCCAAACACAUUCCCACACUGAGCAGAAAUGGGGGCGUGGGCUGUGGCUCAGUGAGUGGCUGCCCAGGGGCCCCAGGUCCUGUAGGAGGUGGGCCAGGCCCUACAGCUCCCCUGGACAGUGGGUGAAAACAUUUUCCUAGCAUUAAAAUGGUUUCCAUAGCAA